CACCGCCGGAGCCCCAGCGGCAGCGGCCGCCGCCGAGAUGUCCCGGCGAAAGCAGAGCAAACCCCGGCAGAUCAAACGGCCGCUUGAAGAUGACAUUGAAGAUGAGGAAGAAGAGUGUCCAUCAGACGAAACAGAUGUCAUCUCAAAAGGAGACUUUCCACUGGAGGAAAGCUUUUCCACAGAUUUUGGGCCUGAAAAUCUGAGCUGCGAAGAAAUGGAAUACUUUUGUAACAAAGGUGAAGAUGAAGGAAUCCAGGAGACAGCCGAAUCGGAUGGGGACACACAGUCAGAGAAACCAGGACAACCUGGAGUCGAGACAGAUGACUGGGAUGGACCAGGAGAGCUGGAGGUAUUUCAGAAAGAUGGGGAACGAAAAAUUCAGAGUCGGCAGCAACUUCCAGUGGGAACAACCUGGGGGCCAUUCGCUGGGAAGAUGGACUUGAAUAAUAAUUCCCUGAAGACAAAGGCUCAGGUCCCCAUGGUGCUGACGGCUGGUCCCAAGUGGCUGCUGGAUGUGACUUGGCAGGGAGUGGAAGACAACAAAAACAACUGCAUUGUAUACAGCAAAGGGGGUCAGCUUUGGUGCACGACGACGAAGACCAUCUUGGAGGGUGAAGAGCUCAUUGCCUUUGUGGUGGAUUUUGACUCAAGGCUACAAGCUGCCAGUCAGAUGACUCUCACAGAAGGGAUGUACCCUGCGCGCCUGCUGGACUCAAUUCAGCUGCUUCCUCAGCAAGCUGCCAUGGCUUCUAUUUUGCCUACAGCUAUUGUCAAUAAGGAUAUAUUCCCUUGCAAGUCCUGUGGCAUCUGGUAUCGGAGUGAGCGGAAUCUGCAAGCCCAUUUGAUGUACUAUUGCAGUGGGAGACAAAGAGAAGCUGCUCCAGUGUCAGAAGAAAAUGAAGACAGUGCUCAUCAGAUUUCCAGCCUGUGCCCCUUCCCGCAAUGUACCAAGAGCUUUUCAAAUGCCCGUGCUCUAGAAAUGCACCUGAAUUCACACAGUGGAGUGAAAAUGGAAGAAUUCCUCCCCGCUGGUGCUAGUCUAAAAUGCACUGUCUGUAGCUACACUGCUGAUUCUGUGAUCAACUUUCACCAACACCUGUUCUCCCAUCUCACUCAAGCUGCCUUCCGAUGCAGUCACUGCCAUUUCGGCUUCCAGACUCAGAGGGAAUUAUUGCAGCACCAGGAGCUCCACAUCCCCAGCGGCAAACUUCCCAGAGAAAGUGACAUGGAGCACUCUCCAAGUGGAACCGAAGACAGCUUACAGCCAGCCACAGACUUGUUGACCAGAAGCGAGCUCCCCCAGAGCCAAAAGGCCAUGCAGACUAAAGAUGCAAGCUCUGACACAGAGCUGGACAAGUGUGAGAAAAAGACUCAGAUCUUCCUCGCUAACCAGAGACCAGAGAUACAGCCUACAACAAAUAAACAAAGCUUUUCUUACACAAAAAUAAAGUCUGAGCCCUCUAGCCCGAGACUCGCCUCAUCUCCAGUUCAGCCUAAUAUUGGUCCAUCUUUCCCUGUGGGUCCUUUCCUAUCUCAGUUUGCUUUCCCCCAAGAUAUCACCAUGGUCCCUCAAGCUUCAGAGAUCUUAGCCAAGAUGUCUGAACUGGUGCAUCGGCGACUGAGGCAUGGAAGUAGUAGCUACCCUCCGGUAAUUUACAGCCCCUUGAUGCCCAAGGGGGCCACUUGUUUUGAGUGUAACAUAACAUUCAAUAAUUUGGAUAAUUAUCUAGUGCACAAAAAACAUUAUUGCAGCAGCCGAUGGCAGCAGAUGGCCAAGUCUCCAGAGUUCCCCGGUGUUUCAGAAAAGAUGCCUGAAGCUGUGAGUCCCAACACUAGCCAAACUUCCAUAAACCUUCUCAACCCAGCUGCUCAUUCUGCUGAUCCUGAGAAUCCACUUCUUCAAACAUCCUGCAUCAAUUCUCCCACUGUUUUAGAUUUAAUUGGGCCAAAUGGGAAGGGUCAUGACAAGGACUUUUCCACUCAAACUAAGAAGCUCUCCACCUCUAAUAGCAGUGAUGAUAAAAUUAAUGGAAAACCUGUUGAUGUGAAAAAUCCCACUGUCCCCUUAGUGGAUGGGGAAAGUGACCCAAAUAAGACUACCUGUGAAGCUUGUAAUAUUACCUUCAGCCGGCACGAAACGUAUAUGGUCCACAAACAGUACUAUUGUGCUACACGCCACGACCCUCCACUAAAGAGGUCUGCUUCCAGCAAAGUGCCUGCCAUGCAGAGAACCAUGCGCACCCGCAAGCGAAGGAAGAUGUAUGAGAUGUGCCUACCUGAACAGGAGCAAAGGCCCCCACUGGUCCAACAGCGAUUUCUUGACGUAGCCAACCUCAGCAAUCCUUGUACCUCCACUCAAGAACCCGCUGAAGGGCUGGGAGAGUGCUAUCACCCGAGAUGUGAUAUCUUUCCAGGAAUUGUCUCAAAGCACUUGGAAACUUCUCUGACGAUCAACAAAUGUGUGCCAGUUUCCAAAUGUGACACUUCGCAUUCCAGCGUUUCCUGCCUAGAGAUGGACGUGCCCAUAGAUCUCAGCAAAAAGUGUUUAUCCCAGUCUGAGCGGACAACCACAUCUCCCAAAAGGCUCCUGGACUACCACGAGUGCACUGUGUGCAAAAUCAGUUUCAACAAGGUCGAAAACUACCUGGCCCACAAGCAGAAUUUCUGCCCGGUCACUGCACAUCAGCGUAAUGACCUGAGUCAACUCGACGGGAAAGUCUUUCCAAAUCCAGAAAGUGAACGAAACAGCCCUGAUGUCAGUUAUGAAAGAAGCAUAAUAAAAUGUGAGAAAAAUGGGAAUCUGAAGCAGACUUCCCCCAAUGGAAACUUAUUUUCGUCCCACUUAGCAACCCUGCAAGGCCUAAAAGUCUUUAGUGAAGCUGCUCAGCUCAUUGCUACAAAAGAAGAAAACAAACAUUUGUUUCUUCCACAAUGCCUUUACCCUGGAGCAAUAAAGAAAGCAAAAGGAGCCGACCAGCUUUCUCCAUAUUAUGGAAUAAAGCCAAGCGAUUAUAUUUCUGGUUCUCUUGUCAUCCAUAACACUGACAUAGAGCAAAGCACAAAUGCAGAAAGCGAAUCUCCUAAAGGCCAGGCUUCCUCAAAUGGGUGUGCUGUGCCGAAGAAAGAUUCUCUGCCAUUGCUUCCCAAAAACAGAGGCAUGGUAAUAGUGAACGGUGGACUGAAACAAGAUGAGAGACCUGCCGCCAACCCACAGCAAGAGAACAUUUCCCAAAAUCCUCAGCAUGAAGAGGGCCACAAAUCUCCCUCAUGGAUCUCUGAGAACCCAUUAGCUACAAAUGAGAAUGUCUCACCAGGAAUUCCCUCGGCAGAGGAACAGUUAUCUAGUAUAGCAAAAGGUGUGAAUGGUUCCACCCAGGCUCCAACCAGUGGGAAAUAUUGCCGUCUGUGUGAUAUCCAGUUCAACAAUCUUUCAAACUUUAUAACUCACAAGAAGUUUUAUUGCUCAUCACAUGCAGCAGAACAUGUCAAAUAA